AUGGCCAAACUUCACAAGGAGCGCAAGGGAAAAGAGAAAGAGACUGCCCAGGAGCCCAACGGAAAAGAAAAGGAGAUAGUUGAGGGGCCCAUGAAGUUCAAUGAGAAGAGACGGCCCGCCAAACUUCACAAGGAGCCCAAGGACAAAGAAAAGAGAACUCCCAAGGACUCCAUAAAUAAUAGUGAACACACUAUCGCAAAUGCGAUGAGCGACGACGAAUAUCUCAGGCAGGCAGAUGAAAACUUUGAUGUAUGGAAACCUGACGUACCCGAGGAGGACGGUCGUCAGGUGCGGCCCAACUACAAGCCAAAGGAAACUCACAGGAAGAAAAGGAACAAGGGUAAAGGUCGUGCGAACGACAUUUUACCUGUACUCAGUGAGGAUGAGGAUGAACAACCAUACAGCCCAGGUGGCUGGAUUUGA